CCUCCUCUUCUUCAUCAUCAUCUCCUCCUUCGGUGGUCGUUCUGUAUCCGGACAGCCCUGGUUUCAUUCAGAGUGGAGGCGACUGAGACGGUGGACUGUUUUAUGGCACUUCUUUGAAGAGAUUGAGCAAGUGAGGAGAGCGUGAGGAGAGAACAACCGGAGCAGUCGCAGUAGCUGAGUGUUGCCGAUGCUUAUGGCGGCAGAGCAGGAUUAACGCAUCGGCUUACUUUCAGUUCUGUUGUUGAUCGUUCUUGCAUCCAGUCAGAGAUGGGCAUGCUGGGGUGCGGCGUAUUCGUGUUUGCGCUCUUCUUUCAGUGCCACAGUACCCAAAGCCCCAUGUACAGGUUCAAGAGGUUUCAGGAACAUGCCUGGUCAGAGCCCAAUGACUGCUCGAGGACCAGGCAGCCUUUUGUCCUGUCCAAUCCCUACAACUUUUCACUCGAUAUUCGCAUACCGGGAGUAAUUCCAACAGAGUCUGACAGCUACUUCUGUAUGGCUGUCCCUGUCCCCACGUCCCGGGAGGCCUACAUAGUGGACUUUGUUCCUCAUGCCAGUAUGGACACAGCCCACCACAUGAUUUUAUACGGCUGCAAAACCCCUUAUGCCACUCAAGGAUACUGGGAUUGUGGGAGAGAGCUGGGCACCUGUCGGGAUCAGGCCAAGAUCAUGUAUGCCUGGGCCAGGAAUGCUCCUCCAACCAAACUACCCAAAGACGUUGGCUUUAAAGUUGGGGGAGACACCAGAAUUAACUACUUUGUGCUGCAAAUUCAUUAUGGUGAUGUCAACAAUUUCAGAGAUCAUCAUAGAGACUGCUCAGGACUCACUUUAAGAAUGACUUCCAAACCACAGCCCUUUAUUGCUGGCAUUUACCUGAUGAUGUCUUUGGACACUGUCAUUCCUCCAGGGAAGAAAGUUACCAAUGCAGACAUCGCUUGCACUUACACGUCUUUCCCGAUGUAUCCGUUUGCCUUCAGGACACACACACACAGCCUUGGUAAAGUUGUGAGUGGGUACAGGGUUCGAGAUGGACAGUGGACUCAGAUCGGGCGCCAGUCUCCACUGUUGCCACAGGCUUUUUAUCCAGCCACCAAUACCAUUGACGUAAAAAAUGGAGACAUACUAGCAGCCCGAUGUAUGUUCACAGGAGAAGGAAGAACCACUAAUACCGAAAUCGGAGGCACCUCCAACGAUGAGAUGUGUAACUUCUACAUCAUGUACUACAUGGACAACAUCCAUGCUGUGCCGUACAUGAACUGCGGAGAUGACGGCAGCAGUGAGCUUUUCCGAAACAUCCCUUCUGAGGCCAAUACUCCCAUCCCGGUCAGGCCAGACCAUAUGAUGUCCAUGAAGCACGAGGCAGCUCCUCGUAAAGAUGCUGUGGAGUCUUUGGAUCUGCAGCAGCCCAAGAGAGAAGAGGACGUCCAGGAUCAGGGUAAGAUGCUUACAAGUUAUUUCAAAUUACAGACAUAGUCAAGACUAAGAGAC